AAACUUUCGCUUCACCGAGAUUUUAUUCCUUUUAGCAUUAGCGACAAAUCCCCCUUUUCUAGGUCUUUCCCCUCCCGUCGUCGUCACGAUGCAGCAGCCACCACAAAACGCCAUCGGAGCAGGGCAGCAGAUCCCAUCUGACCAGCAAGCCUAUCACCAGCAGCAACUCUCGUGGAUGAUGCAACAGCAACAGCAACAGGGCCAGCAAUGGAACCUGCAGCAGCAGCAGUCAGCGCCGUCACAGGGUCAACAGCCCUACGGAGUCGGAUCUCAGAAUCCAGGAUCCGAUAACGAGAUUCGCUCCUUGUGGAUCGGUGCCCUGCAGCCUUGGAUGGACGAAAACUACAUCAUGACCGUCUUCGCUCAGACCGGCGAGGUUCAAUCGGCUAAAGUGAUUCGCAACAAGCUGACUGGUAUGUGCGAGGGUUACGGAUUCGUUGAGUUCGCCAACCACGCUGCAGCUGAGCGUGUGUUGCAGACCUACAACGGUACUCAGAUGCCCAACUCUGACCAGACCUUCAGGCUGAACUGGGCUCAGGCCGGGGCUGGUGAGAGACGCCAAGCUGAAGGGCCUGAGUACACUAUCUUUGUGGGCGACCUGGCUCCGGAAGUCACUGACUUCAUGCUCGCGGAGACGUUUUCGAGCGUGUACGCGUCUGUCAAGGGGGCGAAAGUUAUGAUGGACAGGAGCACUGGACGGACGAAGGGUUAUGGUUUUGUUAGGUUUGGGGAUGAAAGUGAGCAGAUGCGUGCGAUGGUGGAAAUGAAUGGUCAGUACUGCUCGAGUAGGCCUAUGCGUCUUGGUCCGGCUGCCAACAAGAAGCCUCUUACAAUGCUGCCAGGCAUGUAUCAGGACACCCAAGGAGGAGGAAAUCCUGGAGAAAGCGAUCCAAGUAACACAACUAUAUUUGUUGGUGCUCUGGAUGCUAGCGUUACAGACGAAGAAUUGAGGGCAGUUUUUGGUCAAUUUGGAGAACUAACUCACGUGAAAAUACCUCCAGGGAAGCGUUGUGGAUUCGUUCAGUAUGCCACCAGGGCGUCUGCGGAGCAUGCACUUUUAAAUCUGAAUGGAACACAAUUAGGUGGACAAAGCAUCCGUCUUUCAUGGGGACGUAGUCCGAACAACCAGGCACAGCCUCAUCAAGCUCAAUGGAAUGGUGGUGGUGGGUACUAUGGAUACCCUCCACAGCCGCAGGGCUUUGAACCAUAUGGUCAUGGAGCUCCUCGUCCUCAGGAUCCUAGUGCGUACUAUGGUGGCGGUUACGGUGGCUAUGGCAACUAUCAGCAGCAACGGCAGUGAAAGAUCAACAACACCAGCUUUUUCUACCAAAGUCUUGGACAAUGGGCAAAAUAUAUAUCAGUCAUCGUUGAGUCUUGAUAGGAAAUUAGAUUUAAAAGUGUUUUGUCUUUUACAUGAAGUGAGUAUGGUUUUGCUAUUGGGUUAAAUGUUGUGUGUUUUAAACCAAAAAAAAAAAAAUAAGGUUGAAUUUGCUAUGGACAUGUUUAUUUAAUGU